CUAUGAUUGGAAAGACAAGCAACGGAUAAUUCCAGCCUUCCCAAAUUCGAAGUUCAGCCUCACCUUCGACGCAAGGAACCUGGGAGCUCAAACGACUCUCGCUGGUUGCACAUUUCAGGAAAUCCCACCAUAAUAGCAACCCAAUUAAAUCGCCAAUAUGUUGUUGGAAGAGCAACGUUUCCUCCACGAGGAUCUCGAGCGUCUUGAGCAGGGAAUUGCCGAUCGCAUUGGCGAAGAGCCCAAGCACAUUCGCGAUCGGCUUGCUCAAGACCACCAGAUCGCCCAGUUCCUCGAUCGCAUCUCCGCCCAGUCCUCGAAGCUCCUCGAGAUAUAUCAUGAUGUCGACGGCACAAGAUCACGCGAAAUCCAGCAGAUUGGGACGGGGGACCCUAUGGACGAGUUCUACAAGCAGCUGUCCGAUGUCAAGGCCUUCCACGCCAAGUACCCGAACGAGCCCGUCGAGAAUCUAGAACGCGCAUACCGCCCCAAGAAACCCGCCGAGGGAGAGACGGCGCAAUUGAGCAUAGUGGACUCUAUGUUCACAGGCGAGGAGGCCUUCGGCCGUUUCUUCGAUCUGCAUGCCUGCCACGAGAUGUACCUGAAUCUGUCCAACGCGAAGAGACUUAGCUAUCUCCAAUUCCUCGACGUCUUCGACAAAUUCUCACCGAUUGCUGGUGGCUUGAAGAGGAGCGAGAAGAUGACAGAUCAGUACUUCAGAUACGUCGGUCAAAUCGCACAGGAUCUCGAGUCAUUUAUGAGGAGAACAAGACCACUAGAGAAUGUAGAUAAGGUGCUUGCAAGCUUCGACAAGGAGUUCGAGACGGCUUGGGAGAAAGAUGCAGUGGAAGGUUGGAAUUUGGAGGAAGCAGGCGCGCCAUCAGCAGGCACAGCACAACAACCCAGCACGGCUGAAGCAGUCUGGUGCGAGGAUUGCGAGAAGGAAUUCAAGAACCAGAAUGUGUACGAAGGGCACCUAAAGGGAAAGAAACACGUCAGGGCUGCAGCCGAGCGCAAGCACAGAUUAGAAGAAUCCGGGGAUGCAAAUGGCGCAUCCAAUGGCAGAGGACCGUCAGCAACGAGAUUAAAGGAGCGCGCAAUCGCCGAGCGCGAGUACAGGGUCAAACGUCUCGCCAGCGCCAUGAGUACGGAGCGCAGCGACACGAGAAACAAUAUAGAACGCAAACAAGGCAUGACAGAGCGGGAGCGUCAUCAAGAAUUGGAGAACCUAUUCUACUCGACAACGACCACCCAGGCAGUAGAAAACGAAGAAGGUGGAGACGAGGACGACGAUGACAGGAUUUACAAUCCGCUCAAGCUGCCACUGGCAUGGGAUGGCAAACCUAUUCCCUUCUGGUUGUACAAACUCCAUGGGCUGGGCGUCGAGUUCACGUGUGAGGUCUGUGGAAACUUCGUCUAUAUGGGACGACGGGCAUUCGACAAGCACUUCAACGAGGCGAGGCACAUAUAUGGCCUGAAAUGCCUUGGCAUUACAAACACGUCCUUAUUCAGGGACAUUAUUCGUAUCGAUGAAGCGCUGAAGCUGUGGGAAAAGAUACAGCGGGAUAAGAAGGGUGGCAAGAUUGAUGACGGUAGUGUAGUGCAGAUGGAGGAUGCCGAGGGCAAUGUCAUGCCUGAGAAGGUUUACUACGACUUGAAGAAGCAAGGGCUCCUGUGAACACCACAGGUCUGUGUCCCAGCACUGCGCGCUGUUCGUAGCUCUCGUCCCGAGGUCCCGAGGCUGACUUGUAUGAUAUAUCAUAUAGCUAGACUGUAACGGCACAAUCUGUACCCGGUGUAGAUUCAUAAGUACCCCU